AUGGACGCCUCCUCCCUCCGCAUCUCCAAGUUCGAUGGAACUAACUUCCACGCCUGGAAGUUCAAGAUGCAGAUGGUGCUGGAGGAACGGGACCUAUGGGAGGUCGUCAGCGGUGAGAUCAAGGCGGAACAGUGCGAGACUCAGUUGGACCAAGCGACGUACAAGAGGAAGUCAAGAAAGGCGAUGGCAGUGAUCUGUCUAGCCAUGGAAGAUUCCCAGCUACCGUUGGUCCGGUCGGCAAGUGGUGCAUGCGACGCAUGGUCAAGGUUGGAAGACCACUUCGAGAAGAAGAGUCUUGCCAACAAGCUGUUCUUGCGCCGUCGCUUCUUCACGACAAUGAUGGAAGAAGGCGACGAUGUGCUCGAACACAUCAACAAGCUCAAGACGCUGGCGGAACAGCUAGAAGCGGUGGGGGCUCCAGUCUGCGAGGACGAUCUGGUGAUCACACUCCUCGGCAGCCUGAGUGACUCGUAUCAAUUCUUGAUCACAGCUUUGGAGUCGCGCUCAGACACUCUUAGCUGGGAGCUCGUGACGUCUCGACUGCUUCAUGAAGAAAUGAAGCGGAAGGAGCAAGGAAGUAAAGGUGAUGAAGCUUCGCAAGGUCAAGCGUUCAUCACAAGGGACAAUCAGCGCAAAGGGAGACCAGUGAAGAAGUCCUGGCCGUGCCAUAAUUGCGGAAAGAUUGGUCACUGGAUGGCGGAGUGCCCCUCGCGCAUCCAAGAAAACACGGAGAGACACCGGCCACAGCGUGCUCAAGACAGCGGCGACCGCUAUCGAUCACAACGUGCAAACGUCGCUCAAGAAGAAGACUCGGGCGACUACCUCUUUUCGAUCGGUGAAACGACAUCUGCGAAAUCGAGCGACAUCUGGCUGGUCGACUCCGGGGCGACGCAGCACAUGACGUGCUCCAAGAAGUUCAUGCGGAACUACAAGGGGUUUGACGCUGUGGAUGUCCAUCUCGCGGAUGAUGGAAUCGUCCAAGCAAUCGGCAGUGGGGACAUUGUCAUGUCGAUGAAGACACCCCAAGGGAUGAAGAAAGGUGUGCUCACAAACGUGUGGCACAUCCCAAAGCUAUCCAGAAACCUGUUCUCGGUCGGCCGCUUCACCAAGGAUGUCGGCCCAGUGACGUUCACGAAGGAUGGGUGCUAUGGAGAAGCGAAAGGGACCAAGUGGAAAAUUGGUGCCCGUGAAGGUAAAGGACUGUUCAAGCUGCAAAUGACUCCAGUGGCGCCGGAACAAGCAAAUGCAGCCAAGUCGUCGGGAUGUCAAGGGGGCACCAAGUCGUACCUCUGGCACCUUCGGCUUGGCCACAUAGGUCACGAUGGACUCAAUUGCAUCGUGACGAAGAACAUUGGAAUUGGCAUCGACAUAUCUUCGGUGAAGAAGUGGGACGUGUGUGAAGGUUGUGCUCUGGGAAAACAGACUCGAGUGCGCUUCCAAUCAAACACUACAGCUCGCACCUCCAAACUCCUCGAAGUGAUUCACAGCGACGUAUGCGGACCGAUGUCGAUGGCAACUUUCAGUGGAAAACGGUACUUCGUGACAUUCAUUGAUGACAAGUCAAGAUACUGUGUCGUCUAUCUGCUCAAGAGCAAAUCUGAAGUUGCGGCGAAGUUCAUGGAAUACGCUGAGAUGGCCGAAACGCAAACCGGAAAGCGCGUGAAGUACCUUCAAAGCGACAAUGGGGGUGAAUACAAGUCCGACAAGCUGGCACGAUUCUGCGCGGAACGGGGAAUACAACAAAGGUUCACACCCCCAUAUACUCCUCAGCUAAACGGAGUAGCUGAGAGAAUGAAUCGCACGCUGGUCGAGUGUGCGCGUUGCAUGAUGGAACACGCUGGACUGGGAAAGAGCUACUGGGGUGAAGCAGUGAUGACGGCGAUGUUUCUUCCGAAACCGCUGUCCAACACGUGCCAUUCACCAAGACAAGUCUCCAUAUCAAGUGUGGACGAUGAAGAAACCGAUUCUGGCCAACCUUAA